UGCAAAUGUGCGUUUUCCUUUGCUUGCCACUCUGCUCAGUCGUGCUUUCAGUCUCCCGGGGUUUGGGAAGGAGGAUCGGGGGCGUAGCCCUGGUGGCCCAGCUGUCGUCUGCCGAAAAUCGUCCGUAAAUUGACUUUGGGGUGACCUUUGCACCCCACACCGCCUUGUGUUAGCAGAACAGCUGCAGUUCUGCCUCGCCCCAAAGCGACUCUGAAAGGGCCUGGCCGAUCCGAUUAAUCUCUGGUCAACACUGUUGGAUUGCCCGCGCAGACGCACCCUGCAAACCUGGCACGGGAUGGUGCCAGCACCCUUGCUCUGAGUUCCUCUACCCUGCCUUGGCUGUUUGGGUGAAUCCCCCUGAUUUUUUUUUUUUAACCUUUGAAAGGGCUUUUUUUGGUCCUGCAUUCUUGACAUCAGCUGUGAAAUGAAUGGGAACCCUUCGGACUUCGGCUUCCGCCCGCAGCUUUGCGCCCGUCCGGUUUUCAGCCUCCGGGGGAUGAAAAUGCUGAAGUGCCAAGCCUGAUCUGCCGCAUGCUCUUCUGAACCAACAUGUCCCAGCGGCAUUCAACCGGCUCUCUGGGAGAUAAAGCUCUCCUUCUGGACCAUCGGCCCAUCAGCAACAACGGCGUGUCUCCACAUGAGAAAUGCACCUCCACCCCCUCGCUGGAGAGCGCCGGCCUUCAGGCCGAAGGCUCCACAUCGUUCUCCAAGCCGCGGCGGAUCGUCCUGAGCACCGAAAGCCCCGCCGCCCUCAAAGUGGGCACCCACCAGCUCAUUCCCAGAAGCUUAGCCGAGGAUCCCAAGGCCAAAGUUCCCAUCCGCCAUCAGAGCUUCUCCGACGUGGGGACAGGGAGCCGAGAGGUGGUCCAUUGCGACCCCAAGCGUUUGUCGGCUCCCAGCAUUUCCCUGGACGAACUGGAGGACGAGCUGGACAUGGGCGAGGGGACGCUGAAACGCAACUUGCGCAACAUGUCAUACCGGGCGGCGAUGAAGGGCGUGAGGAACGGUGGGGAACCAGAGCUCCCCAAGAGUACUGGGGGGCUCAAGCCAGUGUUGGAAGAAGCCAAACCCCCCCAUAGCCGGAGCCCUGGGAGGAGCAAGCGGACAUUGGGGCGCAAGCGCCUGCAGCAUCAUGGCGGCUCUUUCAAAGAUGACCCCCGCUUGUAUCAGGAGAUCCGAGAGAAAGGCCUCAACUCCAUCAAUCACGAGUCGGAUGAUGACCUUCUCGAAGCGGACGUCAUUCCCGAGGAGCACCCGUCCACCAACACGGUCAUCAUGGUGAAAAGCUACCGCCCUGCUCAAGCCACCUGGAGCCAACAGCCUGAGGUCCUGGAAACUGGCAUCUUAGAGUGGAUAUCACCAGAAGAACGUAAGAGGCAAGAGGCCAUAUUUGAAAUUAUCACCUCGGAGUAUUCCUACAUCCAUAGCAUGGCGGUCCUCGUCGAGCAUUUUCUGAAAUCGGAGGGGCUGCGCGAGACCAUGACGCAGACGGACCACCACCACCUUUUCUCCAACAUCGGGGACAUCCUGGCUGUCAGCAAGAGCUUUUUUGAGGACUUGGAGAAGCGGCACCAGGAGCACGUCGUGAUCUCGGACAUCAGCGACAUUGUGGAAGCGCAUGCCUCCAGACACUUCAACCCCUACGUCAUCUAUUGCUCCAACGAGGUCUACCAGCAGAGGACCCUUCAGAAGCUGUUAGCUACAAACACCACCUUUAAGGAGACGUUAAAGCACAUCGAGCGGAAGCCCGAAUGCGGUGGCCUCCCCUUGAUUUCAUUCCUCAUCCUUCCGAUGCAGAGAGUGACCCGCCUGCCUCUCCUCAUGGACACCGUUUGCCAAAAAACUCAGAUGAACACAGCUACUUACCAAGCGGCCACCCAAGCUUUGAAGGCCAUCAGCAAGCUCGUGAAGAAGUGCAACGAGGGGGCUCACACCAUGGAAAGGACCGAACAGAUGUGCAGUUUGCAGAAUCAGCUGGAUUUUGGAAAAGUCAAGAACUUCCCGUUGAUCUCAGCUUCCCGGUGGCUGUUGAAAAGGGGCGAAGUCGCCCUCCCUCUGGCAGAAGAAGGGGGCAUUUUCCGGAAGGGCUCUGGGCGGGGAAGCUGUUACCUCUUUGUCUUCAACGACGUCCUGAUCAUCACCAAGAAAAAGAGCGAGGAGAGUUACACCGUCCUCAACUACGCCAUGCUGGACCAUCUCUCAGUGGAGAAGAUCGAAAGCCUGGAGCUCUCGACUGGCCUCGUCCGCGGCGGCCACCUCUUCCGCCUGACCUUGCAAAAGGACAGCGAAGGCAAACAGGAGAUGGUCAUCUUGGCCACAGAGUCCCGAAGUGACAGGGCUCGCUGGAUCAGUGCGUUGAUGCACAGAGAGGAGAAAGAGACCAGCACAGCGGAGAAAGGAGCUCUCAAACAGGUCGAAAUCACCAGAGCUUACCUAGCAAAACAGGCGGAUGAAAUUUCGCUCCAGCAAACAGACGUCGUCCUGGUCUUGAACAGGGAAGAGGGCUGGUACUUGGGGGAGCGUCUGCGUGACGGAGAGAAGGGCUGGUUCCCGCAAGCGUGCGCCCAGGAGAUCACCAACCGCAAUGCCGUCCAGCGCAACGUCCAGCGCAUGGAACGGCUGCGCAUUGAGACGGACGUGUGACGCCGAAGCGUCACCCACUUGGAUGCCGAGGAAUCCGAAGCUAUUUCGAGGUUGCUGAUCUGGACGCUGCACCACUUCAGUUCCUCCUGGAGCGAACAAGGACUCCUGUCUGGAUCGUAGGAGAACCACUAGCCAACGUGCCCCUUUGCACCUUCCAGCAAAGCUGAACCGCUGCCCUUCUGGGUGGGCGCGACUCCAAAAAGAGGUCGGCAACUGGCAGCUGUCGGACAAAUCCUUCCCCUUUUACAGAUUAUCUUUUUUUUAAAACCACGGAAUAGGCUAAUUUUUAUGACAACUUGAUGGCUGACCGUUAUGUCUUCAUCUGCUCCCCUGUGGCAAUAAUUCCUCUUAGUUAACACUUCCAAUUUGGCCUUCUGCAGUCUAUUCUAACUUCUGAAUGGCCCCGCUAUUUAAUCUUGGGCAUAACUCAUUGACUGUUCGUUGACUCCAGACUUGUUUCCGAAAUACGGCUCUGGAACUGAUUCUCCUUCCAGCUUCUACACGGCAGCCUGAUCCUACGAACUGCUGGGUUAGUUGCAUAUUAUUUUCCAAAAUACUCCUUGAAUAAAACAAGGGGGGACCCUAGUUUUCACGAGGCACAACUCUUGAAUCGGAUGAAACCGAAUUACCAGCUUGAGCAGUUGGGGAAUACAAGAUGGGACGCAGAUUGCAAAACGAAAGGGUGUGUUAAGUCGGUCUUCCUUUUGAAGGGCACCCACAAAGAAUAUUUUGGGGUGUUUAAGACCGUGUCUGUCCACUGGCUUGAACCUUCACGGUCUGCCAGGAUUCUCAGGCUGGGGGAUUCUGGGAGAUGGACUUCCAGAAGGCUUCAGGAUUGGGGGAAGCUGAUCUGUAUCUUUGCAACUUCACAUUCUUGCAGUCUGUUUUUACAUCCUUACACUGGAUGUCUUCUGUCCAAAUCUUCCAAUCCAUCGUGUUCUUUUAAGCCUCUUUAUUUAAUGGGAAGGAAGCAGAAAGUGUAUCUGCGGGCUUUUCCCCCCCAAAGAAGAAAAAGCGAUCGGUGAAACGUGUCGGAAGCGAAGGUAAGAGUUUUGUGAUGAGUCUCCGUCUCUCAAAUCCAAGGGGAGCCUUGAGUGGGAAUCCAUUGCGAAAAGGAGCAAUUUCCGGAGCUCCAUGGCACCCUUAGAAAGGCAUCGAUAGGAAAUCCAAAGAGUUAAAAAUGUCACGCUAUUCCGAAUGCUUCCUGCUUAAAAUAGUUUGGGAUGGUCAGGACAGCCCAUUUGAGUGUGAAAUGUUUUCUCUUUCCCCUACUUGAAUGCACACCUAUGUGCAGAGCCACACGACUGUAAAACCAAUUUGCCCACAUGCGCGGAUCCCAGGAAAUUUAGUACUUGAGAACAGAAACACAUUUCCUCUCCAGUUGCUUUCCAGUUAGCAAGUAUCCCCUUCCGUGACCUGCAUUUUCAAUCUAAAUUAAAGUUUAAAAUAAUAAUAAUAAUCCCGUGAUCUGCAUUUUCAAUCUAAAUUUAAAUUUAAAAUAUAAUGAUAACAACCUAGUUAGCUGAUGCAAGAAGAUCGCACAGACUGACUCCAAACAGCGGCAUGACAAAGUCGCAACAAGGGUGCAUUGGCAUCUCUGCAAGAAAUGCCACUUCCUGCAAGCCAGAACUGGCGCGACCGCCAAACAGACGAAGUCAUAGAAAACUGAGAAGCCAAAAUGCUCUGCGACUUUAGGAUUCCAGCAGACAAACCCCAGACUUAACCAUGGUGGAUAAGAAAGUCUGGAUAGUGGACACUGCAAGACCUGGAAACGGCCAAUUUGAGUUUUAUUUUCUUUUCACUAGCAAACCUGCCAGUCAAAUUUGGGCGCAAGAUGCUUUACCACCGGGGUCGCGCCAAGUUUUUUCCAACGGGUUUUAACUGCCCCAAUUCAGGAAAUGGAAGCGCUCUGCUAAUUUUCGGUUACUUUCUUUUUCUAAAGAAAAAUCUGCUCCCUUCCCUUGUCGUCAAGGGAUCUCUCUCUCUCCAGAUUGUACAGUUUGGGGACCCAAGAACAUUUUUCGGAGAACGUAAAAAUGGGCAGAAGUAUCAAUCAAUCAAUCAAUCAAUCAAUCAAUCAACUGCAAUACUUACCUUGAGUUUUACUUGAUUUUAUUAAAAAAAAGGAACCACAAAAUUCAUUUAACUUCUGUUUUGAACAUAAAUAUUACAAUAAUCAUUCCUUUGAAUACAAGACAAUACACUUAGCCCUUUCUUACAACGAGCCAGGGGUUGGAGGGGGGGAAUAUGUCACAAACAUGAGAAACGGUGUCUAUGCGUUGCAUACCCCAAACGUGGCUAGAAAUGUGGGUUUAGCGGCCUCCCGUUUCCAAAACACAAUUUCUCUAUGGCCGUCCUUGAACUGAAACCCGCCGUUGGGUGUCCUUCCCUCCCAACUGUCAAAAGUCUUCCAUUUCUUCCAAGUUCAGUUUGAUGCCUCCCAUCAAGAUCCCCCCAAUAAAAAAAAUAACAAAAUCACACCGUUGCAAGGUAACCAGAGGUCAUCUAGUCCACCCCCUGCUAAAUGCAGGAUCUUUGAACGCCCUCCAAGUUACAGAUUUCCCCAUUGCUAGAGAAAGUUGAUCUGUUUUAGCCUGUUCCUUUUUGGGUGUGUUUUUGGAUCUCUCGGCCCUGAAUUCUUGGGGAAAAUAUUCCCCCCCCCCCAAAAUCUUUUUUCAGGAAAAA